AUGAAACAUGAAGCCAUCACCUCUCAGCGCUCGUUGCGCCUGCAGCAGUUCUUGCGCGAUUCUCUUUCUGGCAACCGGUCGAUCGCCAAUUCUCGCGACGCCGGCUUGUUCCUGGAGGCGAUGAUGGACCAGAAUGCACCAGAUUCAUGCGUGGAGCGAGUCGUCGGGAGCAGCUCUGGCCUCGCGGCUGUGCGUCUCGCCGUACGCGCCGACAUGUCCCUCCCCUUUCUCUCUGCCAAGACGUUGCCCUUCUUACGAUACCUGUCCGCACCCAAACUCAAGACCCUAGCCAAUGGCGAAAUUCUGCGUACAGUUCUCGAGGUGAUCGUCAACCCGAUCACCCUGUGGAAGAUCCUCUGCGACCAUUUCAAAGCUGCCGAGCUGGGCACCGAGCAACUCCAUGGUUUCGUCUGGCUGGCGUGCGAACUCGUGGCCAGCCCGACAACGACAGAAGAAGACAUUGACUCCGAUCUGCGCCUCAUCGCGGACAGCCCACAGGUCAAAGACUCGGAGGAUCCCUCGUUGCGUCAGCUAGGCUACCGCAUCAAGCAUGCCCUCGAUCUUCGGGGCCAGCCGCAGACGAGCAACCACGCGCAGAUGGACGGUCCAGGAGGGCGCCACGACAAUGAUCAUGCCGAUUUCCGCAAGGUUCGCAUCUACCCCACGCGCGACGAGCUGCUUUCGCACUCUUCUCCCUAUUACUUGACGGCAGACGAGGUCCAGCAGGCCGACACGGCCAGUCGGGCCCACGUCCACCUGGACAAUCAGUUCCGCCUGCUACGCGAGGACAUGCUCGCGGAACUUCGCCAGGACUUGCAGUCCGUCAAGAAGUCGAAUGGUAGCCGUCGCCGAAGCUUGGUACUCGGUGGCCUGGUAGCCCACGGAAUACACGCGACAGACACUGGUGCAGCACGUUUCCACAAGUGCUCCCUUGCUGUCGAGUGCUCCAGCGGCCUCGAGUCUCUCAUGAAAAAGUCAAAGGACGAACGGAAAAAGUUCCUAACCGAAGAGCACGCAUUCCUCAAGGACCAGUCGUUCGGUGCCCUCUGCCACAACGGCGAGAUCCUGGCCUUUGCCUUUGUCCAUCGCAAUGUAGACAUGCUGGCGCAGAGUCCGCCCGUGAUAGUCCUACGAUUCACAGACAGCCACGCCCUCAAGACAGCUCUCGUAUCGCUGCAGCCAGCGCUGGGGUUGUCGUCCAAUAUCACCUUUGUGCUGGUGGACACUCCCGUAUUCGCGUACGAGCCGGUGCUCGAUCGACUGCAGCAGAUCUCUGAGAUACCUCUGCGACAGCACCUCUUUGACGACCCUGCGAGUAUAUCCCAUGUCACCCCAGUCUCGGACGACCUAGAGCGCAGAGUAACUCAGAUGCGGGAAAUGGCGGAGAGGAUAGCUGAUGAUCAGGUCGUUAGUUGGCCCCGCAAGAAAGCUGCCGACAAGAUAGAAGUCGACCAAGCUCAACUGAACUCCAUCCUGAACGGCUUGUCGCAGGCUGUCGCCCUGAUUCAGGGGCCUCCUGGUACGGGAAAGUCAUUCAUCGGGGCGGAGAUUGCUCGACUGCUACAUGGCUUGUCCGAGCAGCGCAUCCUCGUGCUCAGUUACACCAACCACGCGCUCAACCAGUACACGGAGGACCUUCUGGACGCUGGGAUUCCCGAAAAGCAAAUUGUUCGACUGGGUUCCCGGAGGAAGUGCACUGAGCGGACUUUGCCCCUGCUUCUCUCCAACAUGGGCGCCAGAACGAAGCUGAACCAAAAUGCUUGGGCCAAAGUCAACAGCCUCAAAAUCGACGCUGGUGAUUUCGCAAUAGAUAUUGAGGUGUUGUUCCAGAGAUAUAUGGGCAUAUCCUGUGGAUGGAUUGAGCUCUCUGGGUACCUGGAGUUCGCGACCGAGGACAGCGAAUUCUACGACGCGCUGCGGACGCCAAUGUGCCAUGACGAGUGGAAGAAGGUUGGCAAGAAGGGCAAAAAGAUCGGCCCUGACUACCUCUAUGGCCGCUGGAUAAGUGGCAAAGGCGCAGGUGUGUUCAAGGACGCCGUACAAUCCUGGCCGCAUAUCUGGGACCUACCCAAGGCCACCCGUCGAGAGCAUAGAGAUCGGUGGGUCCGUGCCAUGCUCACGGAAACGGCGGAGAGUCUCGCGCAUCGCGUCGACAUGCUAGACUCCAAGGUGGACAAGAUUGAGACCUGCUUUCGAGAGGGCGACGUGCGGACAGUCCAGGACAUGCGUGUCAUGGCCCUCACGACCACGGGCGCCUCAAAGUACAGCAAUCUAGUGCAGGCGUUCAAGCCCGACAUAAUCAUCGCAGAAGAGGCCGGUGAGAUCCUGGAAAGCCACAUCCUGACAGCCAUGACACCCAGCGUCCGCCAGCUGAUCCUCAUCGGCGACCACAAGCAACUGCGCCCCAAGGUGAACAACUACAGCCUCUCGGUAGAGGGGAACAAUGGGUUUGACCUCAACCGCUCGCUCUUUGAGAGACUGAUCCUCCUCGGCAUGCCCCAUACUGUACUCCGCAAACAACACCGCAUGGCCCCCGACCUGUCCGUGUAUGCGCGCCAGCUGACGUACCCCGAGCUGCUGGACGCGCCCAAGACGCACGACCGGGAGCCUCCACGGGGCCUAUGCAACCGCGUCAUCUUUGCGAGCCACGACAAGCCCGAGAGUGCCGAGGAGCGCGUUUCGGACCGGGCAGACGCGGGCGCCAAGGGGAGCAAGAGCAACGCGUUCGAGGCGGAGAUGGUCAUGCGAUGCUGCAAGUACAUGGGUCAGCAGGGCUACAGCUCGGAGCAGAUUGUGAUUCUGACGCCCUAUCUCGGGCAACUGCGGGCGCUGAUGGAUGUUCUCCGUAAAAACAAGCAUGACCCGCAGAUGAGCGAGCUGGACAGGUUUGAGCUGCUCCGCGCUGGGCUCUUGACGCACGCCGAGGUGAAGGCGGACAAGAAGCCGAUUCGAAUAUCGACGAUAGAUAACUACCAAGGAGAGGAAAGCGACAUUGUGAUUACGUCCUUGACGCGAAGCAACAGUCGCGGGGAUAUUGGGUUCCUGUCGGCCCCCGAGCGCCUCAACGUCCUGAUCACCCGCGCGCGCCACGGCAUGAUCAUGUUUGGCAACAUGGGCACGUUCAAGGAAAGCAAGCGAGGGAAGGCUGUCUGGGAGCCCUUUUUUGAUAUGCUCAAGACGCGGGGCUGUCUGUACGAUGGUCUGCCGGUCCAGUGCGACAGACACCCGGACCGCAAGGCGCUGGUGCAGAGUCCUGCUGAUUUCACGACAAUGUGCCCCGAUGGUGGCUGUACGGAAGUCUGCGACGCAUUGCUCUCGUGUCGGGUCCACAAGUGCCGAUCUCGCUGCCAUCGUGUGUCCAACCACGCGGAAGUACAGUGCAACCAGCUGGUGCGCAAGACCUGCGACCGAGGGCACGAGACCAAGACGCCUUGUCGGAGGCAGAGCGACGGCUGUAGGCAAUGUGCGGAGGAAGACGCAGAGACGGAGCGACGGAUACAGAGAGAUAUCGCGCUCGAGUCGGAGCGCCUCAAGAAGCAGGAGGCGUAUCUGAAGGAGCUGAAGGAGAUUGAGGAUGAGUUGGACCAUCAGCGACGUGCGAUCAAGUACGCCACCGAGGAGGACGAGCAGAAGAUUGCCAUUGCUCAGCGGAAGAAGGACCUCGCGGCCUUGCAGAAGACUCAGGAAAGGUUGCGGGCGCAAAAGGAGCAGCAGCAGCAGCAGCAGCAGCAGCAGCAAGCGGCCCCUGGCUCGGGGUCCGACACAGGAGGUUCAGCUCAGCCACCCUCGGAGAACAGGGCCUCGUGGGAUGCAGAGACGGCCAAUGGCGAGUGGGAGCGCAUGAAAUCGAUCGAGGGGGCACAGAGCGCGGCGCUGGACACGCUGAUGAGCCUGAUCGGCUUGGAAGAGGUGAAGAAGGAAUUCAUCAGUAUCAAGACAAAGGUGGACACAGCUUUGCGGCAAGGUGUGUCCCUCAGCUCCGAGCGCCUCAGCUGCUCGCUACUGGGUAACCCAGGGACAGGCAAGACGACCGUCGCACGUGUUUAUGCCGACUUCCUCAGCAGCAUCGGCGCCAUCCCGGGCGCUGCCUUUGAAGAAACAACCGGUGCCUCGCUCGCGAAUAAAGGGGUGGCCGGCUGCCGCAAGAUGAUUGACAGCAUGCUCGAGGAGGGCGGCGGCGUGGUGUUCAUCGACGAAGCCUACCAGCUGAGCUCGGGCAACAACCCGGGCGGCGCGAGUGUGCUCGACUUUUUGCUGGCCGAGGUGGAAAACCACCGCGGCAAGCUCGUCUUUGUCCUGGCGGGCUACGCACGCCCCAUGGAAGGGUUCUUCUCGCACAACCCGGGCAUCCCGAGUCGUUUCCCGAUCGAGAUGCGCUUCGCCGACUACACGGACGACGAGCUUCUCCAAAUCUUCAACCGGGGCAUCCACAAGCGAUUCAAUGGCAAGAUGGCAUGCGAAGAGGGACACCAGGGCUUGUACUGCCGCAUCGUGGCUCGGCGUGUUGGCUACGGUCGAGACAAGGAGGGCUUUGGGAACGCGCGUGCCGUCGAAAACACCAUCAACAUCAUCUACAAGAGGCAGGUGAACCGCCUGCGAAGAGAAAGAAGUCAGGGCAAGCAACCUGAUGACUUCUUGCUGACCAAGCAAGACCUCAUCGGUCCUGCCCCCGACGACAUCCUCUCCGAGUGCACGGCGUGGAAGAAACUACAGGACCUGUGGGGGCUCCCGUCUGUGAAGCGAUCGGUCCAGUCACUGAUGGACAGCAUCCGGGAGAACUACAAACGGGAACUGGCCGAGAAGCCUCGCGUGGCGUACUCGCUGAACAAGGUGUUCCUCGGCAAUCCAGGGACGGGCAAGACGACGGUGGCCAAGCUCUACGGGGAGAUAUUGGCGACCCUCGGUCUGCUGUCCAAGGGCGAGGUUGUGGUCCGAACGCCGGCUGACUUCAUCGGGGGUGCGCUGGGCCAGUCUGAGCAGCAGACCAAGGGCAUCCUGGCUGCGGCACUGGGCAAGGUGUUGGUGAUUGACGAGGCAUAUGGCCUCCACGACGGGUCGGGACAAGGCGGCGGCGGCGGCUCCAGGGAUCCUUACAAGACGUCCGUCAUCGACACCAUUGUCGCUGAAGUGCAGAGUGUGCCCGGAGACGAUCGAUGCGUGCUUCUUCUUGGGUACAAGGACCAGAUGGAGAGCAUGUUCCAGAACGUCAACCCGGGUCUGAGUCGACGAUUCCCGCUGGCCACGGCGUUUGUGUUUGACGACUUUUCCGACGCGGAGCUCAGCCAGAUCCUGGACAGCAAGAUCGAACAGCAGGGCUUCCGCGCGACAGGCCAGGCGCGCGACGUGGCCAUGGACCUGCUGGGGCGGGCGCGCAACCGACCCAACUUUGGCAACGCGGGCGAGAUUGACAUCAUCCUGGACGCGGCCAAGCAUCGGUGGCAAGCGCGAAGGAGCCAAGACAAGUCCCACAAGGCGAACGACCUGCUCGAGGCGUCUGACUUUGACGAGCACUUUGACAGGGCCCAGAGUGCCGACACGAACAUUCAAAAGUUGUUUGAGGGCACCGUCGGACACGACGCGCUCGUGGCGCGCCUCGUCGGCUACCAGGCCACGUACAAGUCCGUCAAGGCGCUGGGCCUCGAUCCCAAGGAGAGCAUCCCCUUUACCUUUCUCUUCCGGGGCGCACCGGGGACGGGCAAGACGACGGUGGCCAAGAAGAUGGGCAAGGUGUUCUACGACAUGGGGUUCCUGGCAACGGCCGAGGUGGAGGAGUGUUCGGUGACCGAUCUCGUGGGCCAGUAUGUCGGGCAGACGGGGCCCAAGGUGCAGCAGAUGCUCGAUCGUGCCUUGGGCCGCGUGCUUUUUGUGGACGAGGCGUACCGUCUCGGGGAGGGGGCGUUUGGCCGUGAGGCCUUGGACGAGCUGGUGGACUGUCUGACCAAGGCGCGGUACCAGAAGAAGCUGAUUGUGAUCCUGGCCGGGUACGAGAGGGAGAUGAACCGGCUGAUGGAUGUCAAUCCGGGCCUGACGUCGCGCUUCCCCGAGGUCGUGGACUUUCGGGACUUGGGGCCUGCGGAGUGCCGUGCUCUUCUCCAUGUCCUUCUCACGAAGCGGCAGAAGCUGCUGGCCAAGAAGGGGUGGGUCCUUGAUCUGGAGGUUCUGUGUCAUUCGUCCGAGGCGUUGUGCUCUUCGAUGACAAGGCAUUUUGAAGCGCUGAUGCAGCAGAGUAGCUGGGCCAACGCACGAGACGUCACGACGCUGGCGGAAAAGAUCUUUAACCGUGUGAUCCAGUCUGCCGCGGGCACGGACAUGCGCCAUCUCGCUCUCGAGGAGGCCAUGGUCAUGCAGGAGCUUCAGACGAUGCAGGAUGAGCGGCAGAGCCGAGUCGAGUCGUUGAGGCAGGCUGUGCCCCAGGUUGGUGAUGCUGGGAGGGUGGCGAUGCCGCAACCCGUGGAGGAACGAAACAACGCGCCCAGGACUGUGUCUGCGACCAAUACGACGCUCGAGGCGGCAGUCGCGCCGCAAGAGGACGGUGAACAGCCUGGGGAGACCGAAGCUGAACGGGAAGAGGGUCCUGGGGUCUCGCCAGCAGGUGCCGCCCGCAGAGACGCUGGUGUGAGCGACGCCGUGUGGGCGCAGCUGCAACGCGAUCGCGAGGCCGCGGUGGCCAAGGAAGAAGCCUACCAGCGUCUGCAGCAAGAGGCCCGCGACGCACGAGGGGAGGAGGCCCGGGAUCGGAUACGGAGGAGGCUCGUCGCAGCGGAGGAGGAGAGGCAGAGGACGCGGGCGUGGCAGGAGAAGCUGUUCGCGCACGGCGUGUGUCCGGUGGGCUAUCAGUGGAUUCCACAGGCGGGAGGGUUCCGGUGCGAAGGGGGCAGCCACUUUGUGUCUCGGGGCGAGCUGGAGACGAUGUUUGGUCGAGAACUGCUUGUCAACAAGCCCCUCUGGCUACCCUGGACACACAACGCACGGGGCAAGGACAGAACAUGA